AUGUUAACCAACUGGUUUUCGCAACCUGCAGGCACACGGUCCUCGACCGACGACCCUCGCGGCCCCGACGCUGAGGAUGACACCCUUGUGAUGGAGCCCGAUCAGGGCAAUGUCCUCUCCCACAUUAUCUCCCAGUUACGACCGGGAGCCGAUCUCAGUCGUGUCGUUCUUCCUACCUUUAUCCUCGAACCCCGCAGUAUGCUUGAGCGCAUCACAAACUUCAUGUGCCACCCGGAAAUGCUACUCCCAAUUCCAACCAUAGAUGAUCCUGUCGAACGCUUCGUAUCCGUAGUCAAGUUCUACCUCAGUGGAUGGCAUAUCCGCCCCCCAGGCGUCAAGAAACCCUUGAACCCCAUCCUCGGUGAAAUCUUUACUUGUUACUGGGAUUUCGAAGACGGAAAGCGCGCAUACUACAUCUCCGAACAGACUUCUCACCACCCACCCAAGUCGAGUUAUUUCUACAUGGCACCCGAUCACCAUAUCCGUAUCGAUGGAACUCUCAAGCCUCGAAGUCGCUUCCUUGGAAACUCGGCUGCCAGUUUGAUGGAGGGUAUUGCCUUCUUGAGCCUGCUCAACCGAGGCAAGGACCCUGCUAGGGGAGAGCAAUACAUUCUGACUCAACCAAACAUGUAUGCCCGUGGUAUUCUGUUUGGUAAAAUGAAAUACGAGCUUGGAGACCACAGCUUUGUCCGAUGCCCCGAGCUCGAUCUGGUCGCUGACGUCGAUUUCAAAACGAAGGGCUGGGUUGGUGGCACUUACAACGCCAUUGGAGGGGUGAUUAAGAGAGAGAGCACCGGUGAGGUCUUGUUCGAACUUUCUGGUCUCUGGAGUGAGGAGAUGUACAUCAAGGAUAUGACGACCGGUCACCGUGAAAUGUUCUUUAACGCUCAACGAUCGAAGCCCUCAUCACCUUCUGUGCGGCCAAUUGAGGAACAGGAGGAGCGAGAGUCCCAGCGACUCUGGGAAAAGACUGCACGUGCCGUAAAGGAGCGAAAUCACGAGCUUGCGACAGACGAGAAGACCAAGAUUGAAGAUCGACAGCGUGAGGAGGCUGCUCAACGAGCCCAAGAGAACAUUGAGUGGCACCCACGUCUGUUCAGAAGAGCCCAAGGCGGCCCUGGCGGUAUGGAAGAGGGUGAAGAGGAUCUCGAAUGGAUCAUUAACGCGAACAUCGACCACUCCGCACCUCCAGAGAAGCAAGCUGAGCAAAUUAUGGCGAUUUACCCCAUCAUCAACGGACAAAAGUUCAGCCAACAAAACAUCAUUCCUCCCCACAGUCCUCCCGCGCAACCACAUGCCCAGGCUGCGACAGCAGCACAACCUGUCGAUAACCAUAUCGACGACAACCUGAUCAACUUUGAUGACACACCCGCCCCGGCCAAGACCGAGAACCCUCCGACAGCUGAGCAAACGCCAAAGGAUUCUGAGAUUCAAGGUAUGCUGAGCUCUACAGGAAAGCCAGCCAAUGGACCCCUCCUUGACUUUACAUCCGACAUGAAAAAGGACCUACCACCAACCACACAAUAA